AUGGUAAAGCUAAAACUACUGGCACUUGCCGCAAGCUCAGUUCAUGGAAGCGACAUAGCUACAAAUACUCAGUGUAGAAAGCCGGAUCAGUGGUUCAAAAACUUAUCAAGCCGUGUAAAUUUCUCGUGCCCAGACGAACUGACCGACUCCUCGAAGUGCCAAGUCACCUGCCCAGAUGAUUACACGCCGUCUAUUCCAGAAGUCACUUGCUCCUGCACCAGAUUUAGUGGUGUUCCGCGAAACAGAUGUCAAUGGCAACCAAAGCGGUCCUUGUACAAGCCGAGAUGCAUUCCGCCCGAGCCAGCGAGCACGAGACGCAUGCAGCGAUUCUUCCUAUCAUCAGACAGUAGUCCAGUACAAGUGCCCUUCAAGACGGAUUUUGAAAAGGUGAUCAUGACUCCUUGGCAAGCUCGACAAAGACGACUCGAUGGCGAGAAUGUUCCAGCUCGACAUGUUCAAAGAAGACCUGAUGAAAUUUCAAGACCGAGAAGGAGAGAUGAAAAUGGAUUGAUGGCAAGAUCAAAUCAGAAAAAUGCACCUCAGUGGAAAGAAAAGAAGAUAAACGGCGUCUACCAAGUUCCCUUCAAAUUCGGCUCGAUCGCUGAAUUUGGCUUUUCUCAAUCGACGAAGAACUCGAUUCGCGAGCACUUGGACUGGUUCAACUCGGAGACGAAAAAGUGCAUCGUUUUUAAAGAAGACGAUUCGGACUCGUUCAACGGCGCUAGGUUGAAAAUCAUUGGUGCCCAGUCCGGUUGCUGGAGUUAUAUUGGAAAGCUUCAUAAAGAACAGUUGAUUAGUCUUGGUUCUGGCUGCCAUACUCUCGGCCGAUCCCUUCACGAAUUCUUCCACGCGCUUGGUUUUCUCCACGAGCAUCAGCGACCCGAUCGAGACAACUUCGUCGACAUCCACUGGGAAAACAUCCGAAACGGACAUGCCUCGGAUUUCUCCAAGAUUUCCAUGAACCAGUUUUCUGAUAAUUUCAUCGGCUACGAUAUCAACAGCGUAAUGCAUUACUCGACCGAUGCUUUUUCGAAUGGUAACGGCCCGACUCUGACGCUCAAAAGCGGCUUGAAUCCGAUCACGAAUGGCCAACGACUUCGUCCGACGACAAAAGACAUGAUGGGCAUCUGCAAGAGUUACGGCUGCGAUCCUACUUGCGGCAACGAGCUGGAAAUGUGCAACAGCGGCGGAGAACAAUACUUUGCCUCUCGCCGAUGCGAUGGGUUCGCUGAUUGCACUGACGGCUCGGAUGAAAUGGGCUGCGAAGAAAACUGCUGCAAAAAUGGGAGUUUGGAGGCGAAGUUUUUGAAGAACAAGGAACCUGGGCAGGGCAAAAAUGGUACCGAUCGCCGAGCAGUUCCAAGUGCUUACUCUUUUGGAAACUUUGCGCCGGGACAAUGCGCCAACGAAGCAUCCGGUUGGUUAACCUACAACGAUCAAAUCAACGAGUGGGAUCCCGUCAACUACAUACCCAACUGCCUUGACCGUAGCAACGAGUUCGACAUGACGACAACUUUCGCUCCUCCUUCUGGAAUCCACUGGCAAGUCGAUGACAUGCUCAAUGGAAACUCAACAGGAAACGCGACUAGUUGGGAGGACGACUAUCUUGAUGAAGAUCAGAAGUGCUCGGAAUUUGAUCUUCCUUGGCUGAGCGCUGGAAAUUGGACUUGUUUAGGCGAUAACGCAUUCGGCGAUGUCGACCAGGGCGACUUUUGCAUCCCCACCUGUCCAGCCAACUUCGAGUUAAAAUGUUCCUCCGGCGACCUUCUUUCCAAAACCGCUCGAUGCAAUGCCGUCGACGGUCACGUGUUCUUCACCCACGACCAUACUGACAUCCCCUACGGCGGCUGCGAUUGCGUCCCAAGCGGAUGCAACAUGUCAGAAUUGCCCGUCAGCGAGUUUUACAACUGGAUGUGCAGAGAUACCAGAGGCGGUUUUGUUCCUGAAGGGACGCUUUGUGAGCCAGAAUGUAAGAAAUGGCAUGAGACAGCGAUUCCAGUCGGUGGUGAUGGCUUGACUUGUGGGGCUGAUGGAAAUUGGCACGGAACUACCAAGGUUUUGUGCAAAAGCUGCAAUAGGCCAAGAAUUCUUCAAGGACCAACUUCUGGCGAAAUCGAAUGCAGUCAUCUGAGCGGCUGGAGACCAAUGAAUGGCAAUCAAUUCGGAAAUGGUCAGGUUUGUCGGGCAAAAUGCCCCGCUGGCCAGAAACUCAGCUGCACAGGUAAAGGACUUGUUCCUGGUGAAACACUAGGAAUUCAACAAUGCGCGAAAAUGGAGGCAAAGGGAAACGGAAAG